AUGACUAAUUCUAUAGAAUCCGAAGAAGUAACUCCUUCGGGCGCCAUUUUCGAUUCAACAGCUCAAACCAAUGAUGAUGAUUGCAGAGGAUCUCGUCCGAGCUGGAAUCGUCAACUAGAUUUUAUAUUCUCUCUCAUAGGGUACGCUGUGGGGGUAGGAAACAUAUGGCGAUUUCCUUAUUUAUGCUAUAGGAACGGAGGAGGUGCUUUUUUGAUCCCUUACAGUUUGAUGUUAUUUGCCUGCGGAAUUCCACUCUUUUUUCUCGAGGUUUCACUGGGUCAAUUUUCUAAUAAAGGCGCCAUCAAAGUGUGGGACAUAUGUCCACUAUUUAGAGGUGUUGGGAUAGGAACCCUGGUCAUUACAACUAUCUGCAAUGUGUAUUACAAUUUAAUCGUCGCUUUUAUACUGUUUUACUUAUUUUCUUCAUUCACCUCGACGCUUCCCUGGAGUCAGUGCAAUCACGAAUGGAAUUCUCCUUCCUGUAUCGUGCUAAAAGAUCAGGUUCACAGGAAUGAAACCAUGAUUGGAGAUCUAAGGAGUAGAUCUACUUCAACCUUCGAAUUUUGGCAUUAUAAGGUACUAAACGUAUCCGAAGGGCUUCAUCACAUGGGAACCAUGAAUUGGAAAUUAGCUGGAUAUUUCAUACUGGCAUGGAUCAUAGCAUACCUAUGCUUGAUAAAGGGUAUUAAAUCCACGGGAAAGAUAGUGUAUUUUACUGCUACAUUUCCAUACGUUAUGCUGACCAUUUUGCUGAUAAGAAGUCUUUUCCUGCCAGGGGCCUUCAACGGAAUUUUAUACUUUAUCAGACCCAAUUGGAAAUUACUAACUCAUUUUAAGGUAUGGAACGAGGCUGCUACUCAAAUCUUUUACUCCUUAGGACCAGGAUGGAGUGGGCUCAUUACAAUGGCAAGUUAUAACCGCUUUCAUAACAACUGUCUCAAGGAUAGUUGUAUAGUUUCUCUCGUCAAUUGCGGAACGAGCGUUUACGCAGGUCUCCUAGUGUUUUCCAUCUUAGGUUUCAUGUCACACGUUUUGGAUCUACCUUUGGAACAAGUUGCUACAGAAGGACUCGGCUUAGCCUUCAUAGUUUAUCCCGAAGCGUUGCUUUAUCUUCCGGUGUCUUCCUUAUGGUCAAUUCUUUUCUUUUUAAUGCUGUUUACCGUCGGAAUAGAUACCAUAUUCGUAUCUUUGGAAGUUCUGUUCUCUGCCAUUUUCGACCAACUGCCAGAAAAGUAUCGAGAUAAACAAAUGUACUGGAAUUUGAUCACUUCGAUACUCUUAAUGCUACUCGGGUUUCCUUUUCUAUUAAAGGGAGGUAUUUACUUGUUUCAACUCUUCGAUUGGUACGUCGGAAUUCUAUCGAUUAUGACUUUUUGCUUGAUCGAAACGUGCGUGGUUUGUUGGAUAUACGGAAGUCAGCGAUUUGUGGACGACAUACAAUGCAUGUUGGAAGAAAAUUUAAAAGGUGCCCUUAUUUGGAAAAUAUUAUGGUCCGCUGUCAACCCUAUAAUUUUAUGCACUAUGAUAGUUUCGAAUAUGCUGUAUCAUGUACCUAUCUACUAUGGAAAUUACGUAUAUCCUCAAUGGUCUAUUAGAAUGGGCUGGGCCAUCAGUUGUAUUAGCCUGAUCCCCAUUCCUAUUUACGCUAUUUGUUACCUAUAUUUCUGCCUUCCUGGAGAAACUUUUAUAAAACGUCUUAAAAUGUCUCUUCGGCCAUCAGAAGAAUGGGAUUCGAUUCGUAGCGCAAAAGCCAAGACCUUUAUAAGAUUCGAAUUGCUGCCAAAAGAGGGGUGUCAUCUAUCCACGAAGAUAGGGAACCCUUAUCGUGACAUAAAUAAAAGUCUAUAUACUUUUAUACAUCAAUGAACUUUUAUUUAGAUUCAUUAAUCAUAUCAAUAUUUAUUCAUAUUUUAAAUUUUCUAAAAUGAUUACCUUAAUGUUUUAAACUUAUAUGACUUCCAUUCUAUAAACUUGCACCAAAAUUGUGAAGGUUUUAUAUUAUAAUUUUACACUCUUCGUAGACUGCGAUAUAUACAUUGUCAAUAAUUCCAUAGUUUUAACCUUUUAUUAGUUGUUUGUUUUACCGAUGCUUUAGAUAUAUUUAUAAAAGUUAUUAUGACGUUGUUUAUACAUAAUUCUUAUAUGCCAUCACA